UGUGUUUUUAAAUGAGAGGAGGAUCAGCAGUGCAACAGCAGAAGAGUGAGUGCUUCCACAAGUCAGGUGCAUGAGAGCGGAGACAGAGAAGACGCUUCAGCUGGAACUCAGAGUCUCAUCAGGACUGCACGUUUAAACAGAAGACAGAAAUAUCCACAGUAAGCAGAAGUGAGACCAGCACUAAAUAUGAACCUGUUCCUCAUCCUUGCUUUCCAUGCAGCAUUCAGUGUUCACACGGCUUUCUCAAGAAGAUCGUCUCCAAAACAUAAAGAGACUUAUGGAGAUGUGUGUCUGUCUGGAGACGGGAGCAGUUACAGGGGACAUGUUUCCAGGUCGGCAAAAGGCCACAGCUGUCUCAACUGGAGGGGGUUUGAAUUUUCUUGGAUGGGAGCUGUGAAGGGACUGGGCUCACAUAGUUACUGCAGGAAUCCUGACAAGAGCUUGAUGCCGUGGUGCCAUGUCCGAAGAAGAAAGAGAAUAGUGAGAGAAUACUGCCACAUUCCCAGAUGUUCUAAGCCAACAAUAAAACCUCCACCAGCUGUUGAUACAGAGAUGACUUGUGGUGAGAGGUCUGAGCAGAAGAUGUACAAGAUUGUGGGUGGUUCCUUCACACCCAUAGAGUCGAACCCAUGGAUGGCUGCUAUCUUUUUUGAGAACCAAAGGUUCCUCUGUGGCGGCUCCCUUAUUGCACCUUGCUGGGUUCUCACAGCUGCUCACUGCUUCAAUGAUUGGUCAUUGUUCAGCAAGGGGAUCAAACUAAAGGAUCUGUCUGUUUUCCUGGGGAAGUCUGCCACUAAUGACACAGAUCCUGACAGGGAGCAGAGCUUCACUGUGGAAAAACUCAUCAUCCACCACAAAUACAACGUGUCCAGCUUCGACCAUGACAUCGCACUGCUGAAGAUCAAAAGCAGAAGCGGAGGAUGUGCAGUGAGGUCAGCGCCUGUGCGGACAGUCUGUGUUCCUCCAUCUCACACUCAGCUUCCUGCAGGAUUUCAAUGCAGCGUCGCAGGAUUUGGAAAAGAGAGCUUCAGUGCAUGGCAUUACUCAAAGAUACUGAAACAGACUGAGGUGAAACUGCUCUCACAGACUGAUUGUAAAAGUGAAUCGCACUAUGGAGAUGUCAUCACCGAGAAUAUGAUCUGCGCUGCGAGCCCUGACUGGAGCACUGACGCCUGCGAGGGGGACUCCGGUGGUCCGUUGGUGUGUGAUGUGGCAGGCCGCAUGUUUCUGUUCGGGGUGGUGAGCUGGGGUGAUCGCUGUGCCCAGAAAAACAAACCAGGUGUUUACACGCAGGUCACCAACUACAACAGGUGGAUUGCAGAAAAAACGGGCCUCCCCAAAUACAUGAAUGGAGUAAUGUAUCCCAAAAAAUGAAGCUGUGGCAGGAAGUUCCCUGUUGGGUGUUGCAUGUGUCGUUGAAGGAAAAAGUGGCAGCAGUUUGUGAGAGUGUGUGUUGAUAUUAAUUUGCAAUGAAAAUGAAAAUAGUUUAAAAAAAUGUUUAA